AUGACGCCUUUCGAAGCACUUUAUGUUCGAAAACCUCCAUCCUUGUUACCGUAUCCUGCAGGAAAAUCCAACAUUCAAUCAUUAGAUGAGAUUUUGUCUAACAAAUCCAGAAUCCUCAGAGUUUUAAAGGAAAACCUUACCAGAGCUAGAAAUCGGAUGGUUCAACAGGAAAAUCUUCAUAGGAAAGACAAAUCCUUUGCAGUAGAUCAAUGGGUUUUCCUAAAACUUCAGCCUUAUCGCCAAAGCUCUGUCCACCAACGAUCUUCUCAGAAACUCGCAAAAUGUUACUUUGGGCCGUUCCGGAUCAUUAAGAAGAUUGGUUAUGUGGCUUAUGAAUUGGAUCUCCCCAAGGCUUCACGAAUCCACCCUGUAUUUCACGUUUCUCUACUCAAACUUUGUCAGGGAACCCCUACUACCCAAACCGCUCCAUUACCGGAUCUAGACGCUUUUCUGCCGGCGACACCGAACCCCUUCGCCAUUUUGAACCAUCACACCAUCAAUAAUGAAAUCACCGAGGUUUUGAUCCAAUGGGAAGGACAUCCAGCAUCUGAGGCCACGUGGGAAAGCACUUGUGAACUGACAUCGAAAUUUCCGCACUUUAAUAAAACAACACAAGAUGGGCCUGUUCGUAAGUCAUAA